GCUUGAGUGGGUGAACCGACUAAAAUAAGGCGUCGAUUUGAGAAUCAUGGGAUUGAGUUCUUCCAUCACAACACAGUUUUCCAAGUUGCCGCUAGAUGGGGAAUCAUGCGACUCUCCCUCCUACGCAGUUCCCACCCUUUGUAACCACGAUAAUGACAACUGUCAAUUCUCAAUUCAAAUAAUUUUUUUAGUAACGCUUUUAGUAGAACUGCAAAUCACUGAAAUCAGUUAUCAGGAAAUAGUUCGAGCUACUACAAGGUGUCCUUCUCAAAUUCCCACUAACUUAUAUCAAAGUUUAGUCGUCUUCUUCUAACAUUGUCUCGAAUAACUGGGAGGAAGUGGAUAGCAAAGAGGUUAAAAACCUGGUAAUUGAAACAAAGGGGAAAAAGGAAAACACUUUAAUCGAAAAAGAAGAUGUGAAUCUUCAUGAUUUGGAUACAACUCGUACAAGCACUGUAGAAGCGGAAAAGCGCUUUAAUGGUCCACUAACUUUGAAAGAAUCAUACUAUUCAGUUUACAUCAUUGAAACAAAGCCCACUGAUAAGAAAUGGAGAGGAGGGCUUUCCCCCGGCCUACUGGUUCAGUUUGGAGACGCUACAUUGAGUUGGAAUUACUGAGGCUCCAACUAGAGAACAAGUAUCCUGAAGCAAUUAUCCCACCUCUCCUGGAAAAUAAUUGCGUCAUUAUCUCGCCUAAGUCAAAGCAGUGAUAAUAUUGAUCCUCUAUUUGUUGAUUGCAGAAGAGUAGGAUUGGAGAACUUCCUCUUACGUGUGGCCGCCCAUCCCAUUUGAUGCCACGACCAAGUCUUGCUCAAGUUUCUUCAAUCGGAUCGCUAGUGGUCAGAUCUCGACGUUAAUGCAGAUGGCGGGAAAUAUGUUCAGCAAGCAGAAUUCAAACUGAAAUCUAUCAGCACCGCUUUGAGAUUGUAAAGACACGAUGAUCACGUGAAAGAAAUUCGCCUCUACAGUUCGGAACUACAGUCAAGUUUGGGGAACCUGUUGAGGCUUCGCGUCCGUCUAGCCGAUCGACUCUUUCCUAUCCACAAGCUAUGGUGAUCCUCCUUGACAUUUGGACGUCAGAUUGGUCGGCUGAAUACAUCCCAACAAUGCGGUCGCAGUGUUUAUCUCAUUCAAAGACAUUCUGUAUGCGCACGAGAAAAAAGCAAGGUAUGGCCUUCCACUUGUGGUAUUAAGGCACGGCAAAUUGAAUCCGCUCUGGAAAAUGUGAACUUUAUUUCCCUGAUCCUGAAUUCGUCCGUGAAAUUGCUCAUGUCAUGUUGGCUUGAAGCUGGAAAACAUGCAACGUGGCGUUGCUUUCCGACUGCCGACAGGAUGACAGCAUCGUUCUAACCUCGACGCCCGAAGCUUCUUUUGGGACUGCAGUCCACUCUGGAUGCGACUGACGACAGAUGCAACGAAAGUGGAAUAACCGAUAUCCUGAAAACGGUGGAGGGAUCCAACUAUUAUCUCAUUUCCCUUGAUGCAAUUUACCUGGCGGAAGGCGAUUAUGGUCGAGAUCAACGACUGCACCGUUGACUAUCACAUCACCAAGAGAAAACUACGGGCAACUCAGCUCUCCCGGAUCAGCACGGCAAUCUAUUUCGAGUUGAUUGCCAAGUUCCACUCUACGAGUUAACUGUGUCGCUUUGACCCCACCACCUGCGAAUGUCAACAUUUAUUUCACGCAAGAAGCAUUACCGAUUUCUGCUACAAAGAAGUUGAAAAAAUUGGAUCGCUUCGAGGAAGUUGGCGACAGAACACCGGUCAAGACUUUUACUAGUUCCAUGUUUGAACACUGGAGCCCUGAGAAAUCUUUAUCAAAAGACUCAUCAGCUUCCAGCUGGAAUUAUCAAGAUACCAACGCUUGGGCGAACUUGCCAAAUUCAGCGUGCGGUGCUAAACAGCAAUCUCCAAUUGACAUCCGACCAAGAUUGAGUGAAAAGAAGGCGUUCUCAAAACUAUCGUUUGAAAACUACGGCAACAUUGACAAGAUGGGAUUAGUUAAUAGUGGAUCUUCCGUGGUGUACACCUUGCCAAGUACUUUUCCUAAGAACAGAGUGCCAUCCAUCAGUGGCGGUGGGUUGAACGACGUAUACAACUUCAUUCAGUUCCACUUACACUGGGGGGCCAACUCAGCUAAAGGCAGUGAACAUUUAAUGAAUUCUAAAAGCUAUCCAGCUGAGCUGCAUUUGGUCCAUUACAACACCAAAUAUGGAUCCUUUGCUGAAGCAACGAAGCAUUCUGACGGACUGGCGGUCUUGGGGAUUUUCAUAUCGGUAGGGCCCAACGAUAAUGAGUUUUUUCAGCCGCUUGUUGGACAGCUAGACGAGGUUAUCACGGCUCAAUCAGAAACCAUUUUAACGAACUUGGUUCCGUUCAAAAAUCUGCUGCCCAAACAAACCACGUCAUUUUAUCGCUACAGUGGCUCGCUGACUACUCCCAUCUGCAACGAGAUCGUAAUUUGGACGGUUUUUGACAACCCGAUUCAGAUUUCUGAGAAACAGUUGGCUAAAUUCAGGAAACUUGAAGAUAAUACAGCCAAGAGCCUAGUGGAUAAUUUCCGGCCUGCACAGCAGUUGAACGGCCGGAUUAAAUUUUAUCGGUCUUUCACCGGAUGCGAAAUCCCUCGAUCGUGGCCCAUCACUUCGACACCAUUCCUGGAUGCGUUCACAUGGACCACUUGCCUAAUCAAUUUUACCUUCUCGCCGUGGCAGUAAACAAAACGAACAUUUUUAUCGAUAUUAGAGCACACCGUCUUAUAGAUGAGGCGUAUAGAUUGCCAUUAUUUAAAAA